AGGGCGGGGGGUGUAAAAAAAAAAGUUAUGACGGCACUGAUGAGCAUGUUGGGGGAUUAGAGGUGGCAGUAUAUAAGACGACCACAGACCCAGACCAGAAAGACACCAACUGACCAGAGACACAUCAGCCUGAAGCCAACUGUGCUGCUACAGAAACAGAGCAUAAAAGAUGGCAGACGCAGCCGUUGCAGCUCCCGCCGACAAGAAGGGACCUCCCAAGUUCAAGCAGAGGACUACUCGUACCUUCAAGAGCAAGGCCCCUAAACCAGGCCAGAAGGGAUUCGGAGACGACAUCCCCGGCAUGGAGGGCCUCGGCACUGACAUCACAGUGGUUUGCCCAUGGGAAGCCUUUGGGGACAUGGAGCUCAGCGACCUGGCGAAAUAUGGAAUUGUCUAGAAACCUCCCUGCACCGAUCUUCCUGAACUUCCCCCUCCUCCUCCUCCUCCUCCUCCUUUUUCCAUCUCACCUUGUUCUCCUUCGCCUCCCCAUGUACCUGACCUGAUGUUUGUUGUUGAGCUAGGCCCUCAUGUGUUUUGGGAAAUGCUGCUUGUAAAUUGGAGCCCAAAGCUGAUUCAAAAUGUCUUAACAAUGGCACAUGUAAUAUUUAAAAAGUCAUAUAAUAAUUUAUUUAUAGAUGCUUCACUGAAGUGUCCAUACUACACACCAUUACUCCCAAUUCCCUGCCCCAUGUUUGCACCUGUGUUCUGUAUUGCUGAGAGAUAACUGGCAUCUCUUAUAAGCAAAUUUAAUCACUGAACCUUUGUUCCUCUCUUAUGCCUUUUUGACUCUACCUCCCUCCCCCUCUUUGGAGCAAUUCCUCCUGAUGUAAAACUGUUUAUUGAAUAUAUAUUUUUAUUUUUUUGAACUAUGGAUUUAAAUGCGUUAGUGGAACUCACAGUUAAGUAUAACUGUAAAUAAAUAUUUUCCCCAAGAA